UGCGGCGGAAUUCGUAAAAGUAUAUAUAGGCAUUGAUGCCAGUUGGUUUCUUCAGUAUUUUUGUGAAGAAUAGCGAAAUGCUUGUGAAAGUACCUCAAAUGAAACGUCGGAGGGAUACAAAAUGUGGAAUAUUGGAUGUAUUUUGAUGUUAUUGUUGCAAGCAAGGUUAUUCCUACCCACUCUCGGUCCCAAAACUAAGCUCUGCGGUGUGGAAUUUAGCACUUUUUCUUUUUCAUUACAGCUCUUAAAGCACUAUGAAAAAGAUUGUCCACUGACCAUAACGUCCUGUCCGUAUGCUCAAAUGGGCUGUGCAACAAAGGUAAGUUGCUUUUUAACUAAAUUCAGAGCAGCGAGUUUUGUUUUAAAAGAUUUCAUUUGGUAUAAAUAUCUGUCGAUUUUUCGUUCUUUUUCUUUUGUUGCUUUUCAAGAAAAAACUUACCACAUUGUUCCAUUUGCAGAAGCCAGUGCAUAACAGGGCAUUUUACAGUUGCGGGCUUAGUGUCCAAGCCUUUGAGUGAACAUGAGGCUGAGGUUGACCUUGUUUUGGUAAAAACCCCCUUCCCUUUUCUAAUUUAAAUUUUGCUUAAAAAAUACUAAUUAGCAUAAGAAUAACAUGAUUAGCUUAAUAAAGCAGAAAGGGUUGUAUCAAAACAAUGUCAACUCCACCCUCAAUUCCACCUGUAACUGUAAAAUAGGCAACUGAGAAUAAUGUGAAAGGACCAAUUGGGCAAUCACUUAAGGUCAAUUCAAUGUUUUAUAACAAAUUACUCUCUCAGUGAGAAUGUAGAUUACAAGGAAGCCAUUUCUUUUACGUACAAUGUUUCUUAAAUAUAACAGAAGUAGACUAACAUGUUAUCACUCGGAGCAAAUUAGUUAUGCAGACAGAAAGGGUAUCAGAUGCUCUGACUAACGCGACCCGUACAUUUGAAAAUUACACCUGUAUUAUGCAUAGCGUCCUUUUGCGAAAAAAAGACUGUUUUACUGCAGGUUCGACGGAAAGAGAUUGAAAGCCAUCUUCAGGAAGCUGUACGAACACAUGUUGACUUGGCUUUUGCAAAACUAACUAGCACUCAAGAGGAGUUGGAAAGGUCUCAUGAUUUAACAAGUAAACUUAACGAGAAGUUCAAUGACCUAGAAAGGCAGUUGAAACUAUUUGAAGCGAAAUUUAAAGACCAGCAGUUAAUUAUUCGUCUUCUGUCAAGCAAUGACUAUGGGGAAAAGGUCAAUGCACUUGAAAGAAAAGUAGGUACUUUUCAAACUCAGCUGCAAAAUAGGGUAGAAACAGUCGAAAUGAUUCUUAAGGACGACUCUAGGAAAGUAGAUUCAUUAGAGAAAAGCUUUGGGUUGCUUCAGAGACCUUUAAACCCAAUGCGGAGGGUCGAGCAAAAAGAAAGUGCAUCCAUGUAUAAGGAUUUUGCCAUACCGCCGAGAGAGGAAAUCUGCUUCGAGGUUAUACCCGGUGUGUGGGAAAAAGAGUGGAAGAUUCCAGGCUUCAGAGGAUUUCUUAAACGGGGCGAAUUAGAGGGAUACGAGGUAGAGAGUAAUCCAUUUUACUUGGGUAAAAAGGGUUAUAAAUGUAAACUGUAUAUGGGAAUUGAUUUCAAGUUUGGACCUGCCCUCAAAAUUGACUUUGUAAUAAUGCAAAGUGAAAAUGACAUCAUAUUACCAUGGCCUUUUCGUAAUAUGGUUACUUAUGAACUGAUUGAUCAACAAAAAAAACCUGGUAUAAAAUGUAAGAAUUUGAUUACUAAGCAUCGACCUCUUUUGAAGACCGAGAGUCAGAAUAAGUUCCUGCGGCCUAUACUGGAAGAGAAUGAACGAUGGACCAAUAUCUCUCAUCGUUUGUCUUAUUUGAGUGAUAGAGGUUACCUUUUGAACGACACUGUAAUUAUUAAA